AUGAGAAAGAGCUACAGACCGUCCAUGUCUUCGACAAGGCCAAAGACACGGUCCAGUAUGGCUCCAUCGACAGGCAUGAAAGUCUUGGUCCGUUGCCGUGGCCGCAAUGAGCGUGAGACGACAGAAAACUCGUCUGUUGUGGUCAAGACGAGUGGACACAAAGGACGGGAAAUAACGAUUGAGGGCGGACCAGUGGCCCACACGGGGAAAACAUACACAUUCGACCGGGUAUUUGGACCUGAAUCGGACCAGGGAAUGAUUUUUGAGGCCGUGAGUAGCUCUCUGGACGAGAUGCUACAAGGAUACAACUGCACGAUAUUUGCUUAUGGACAGACAGGAACGGGAAAGACAUAUACAAUGACGGGUGAUUUCAAUCUGGACGAGAGAGGAGAGGCGGUUUCUAACGCUGGAAUUGUUCCUCGGGCGCUGGUAGAGCUGUUCAAACGACUUAGCGGCUCUGCAGGUGAAAACUCCGUCAAGUUGUCAUAUGUUGAGCUCUACAACGAAGAACUCAGAGACCUGUUGAGUAGCCAGGGAGAUACCAAGAAGCUUCGGAUCUUUGAGGAACCAGGCAAAAAGGGAACUGUUGUGCAAGGGUUGGAGGAGGCAUAUGUGCGAUCAUGCACAGAGGCCAUGAAAGUGUUACAGGAAGGAUUUACUCGACGGCAGGUUGCUGCUACUAAGUGCAACGAUAUGUCUUCUCGGUCACAUUCAGUGCUCACGAUCACGCUAUCGACCAAGGAAUACACUGCUGAUGGCCAGGAGUAUCUGCGCACUGGUAAACUGAACCUGGUGGAUUUGGCUGGAUCUGAGAAUGUGGGACGAAGUGGAGCAGAAAACAUGCGAGCAAGAGAAGCAGGAUCGAUCAAUCAAUCGCUGCUUACCUUAGGGCGUGUUAUCAACUCGCUAGUCGAUGGUACCCUUCACAUUCCAUACAGAGAGAGCAAGUUGACGCGGCUAUUACAGGAGAGCCUUGGAGGAAGAACAAAAACAGUCAUCAUUGCGACCGUCAGUCCCGCACGUGUGUCUAUUGAUGAGACGAUUUCGACAUUGGAGUACUCGCACAGAGCAAAGAACAUUAAGAACUCGCCUGUUGUGAAUGAGACCACGAGCAAGCAAGUGUUUAUCAAAGACUAUGUGGAUGAGAUUGCACGCCUUAGAGCUGACCUGGAGAGCACACGAAAAGGACAGGGUGUGUUCUUGUCACAGGAGAGCUAUCAGCUUCUGCUUGACGAGAACGAGAGUCACAAGGUGACCAUCAACGAGCAGAAAAUGCGUCUGGAUGUUUUGGAGGAACGUGCAGGAAAUUACGAGGGAAAGAUAAAGGACAUGGAGGAACAGCAGGCCGUCGUCAUCAAAGGUGCCAAGAGUCUCCUGAAGGUCAUGGAUUCUGCUGUGGCGGAGGUCACCAAAUUACACGAACACACUAGACUCAUGGGAGAGAUUGGUGUUCGGAACGAAACUGGCCUGAGAAGUUUGCAACAAUCGGCACCUAAGAGACUCAAGCUUUGUGUUGGAACGCACAAGAACGACGUGGCUCAUUAUGUGACUAAGACUUCUGGGGGUUUGACAGCGCUCGAUGGAUUGCAGGAACGAAAUAACCAGUUCUUUGGCGAUCUGACUCAGCGUCUUGAUUCUUCAAUCACUUCAAUACAAGCUCAAAUCGUGCACCUGAUAUCCUCCAACAAUCAAGAUGCACAUUCUAUGGCGUCAUUGCUGAGUGAGUUGGGGGCUGUCAAGCACGAAAUGAAAACCAAUAUUCAGGCAUCAAUGGCUCACAUACAGACUUCUCUUCAAGACGUUACAAGCGAUCUUGAAAAGCACAUUGAGUCGUACGAGACACAGCUCACCAACUCACUUUCCCAGCUGUCAUCCAACUUGUCUCAGUCUGUCGCCUCAGUGAGACAGACUUACGAGCGGGUUCAACAGCAGAUUGAUCAGGCCGUUACUAGCCACUUGAACACCACUUCCACAAGCACAAAGUCAAUCCACACUUCAUUCGAGUCCAUGUCGGCUACUGUUGCUCGUCAGAAGGAGGCUCAGGCCGCUGCAGAGGCUGAGCUCAAACAACGGAUGAACCAAAUGAUUGAAUCGGCGUUGAAGGAACAGAAUGACCAGUGGGAUGCUGUCGUUGGUGCUCUCAAGACUGAGGUGCACCGAGAGCUCUCUGCUGUCAACGGAAGCAUCGAGACGUUCAAGGGUGCCUAUGGAGAGUCUAGAAACCAGGUCGACUUUUCCGCAGUUUCUGGCACAGCUCACCAAUUAACUGAAGAGAGCAUUAAUCUCAAGGAGGCGACACGUAACGUUUUCGACCGCGUUGAAUCUGGCCAUAGCAGUCUGUGCCGAGUCGUUGACUCUCAUUCUGAUUCUGUCACGUCCGUCAUGUCUCCUCUGGACUCGUUUGUUGUGCAGGCCACGGAAACGAACCAAAAUCUCUCUGAAGCUCGCGCCAAGCGUAUGGACGAGAUCAGCAGUGCAUUCGAGGCGGGACUGUCAUCAACAGCUCAGACUAUCAGCGUGUACUCUGAUACAGCAAGAAGUGACAGCGAAGCUGUGAAAAGCGAGCUCAAGACUGGCAUUGAAAGUGUCGCUCACUGUGUCAAACGUCUAGCUAGCGAAGUCGAUCAGGUGUCAGGUCACAUCGAGGAGCACUUGUACGAAAAAUUCCCCAGUGCUCCACCAAGAUCAAGCUAUGUGGAUGUCGCAACCGAUUUCAGGGCUGUCGUCGAGAAGGGUAACCUCAAGGGUCACACCAGAGACCCGUUGCAUGAGGUCACCAACGAGAUGUAA